AUGUCUAAAAAAAAUAGUACGCGGAGAUCACCAAGCAGUUUUAUACUUUAUAAAAACGAAAAUAAAUUUAAUCCUUCAGUUGCAAAACAAAACUACGAAAAUGUGGCUAAAGAAGUUCGUAGAGCUUAUGAAAGACGAGCAGAAAUGAUGCGAUUAAAUACUACAUCUAUAUUUAUUAAUCUAGGAAAAAAAGAUUUUAUUAAUGCAUCGAAUUUUCCGAACGAACAGACCACAUAUGUGCAACGGCCCCUACCAAUAGUGACUCAAAACGAUCAAUCAGAAUUAAAAUUAAUGAAUCAUGGUAAGACUGCGUCUCAUUUGAUUCAAGUGUUGAUGAAGUUUAUACAAUAUUUUAACUCACGUUACACAGGAUUAGUAACUCAAAAUGAUAUUACCGAAGAGUCAAUAUCGUUUACGCAAUCGUAUGAAUCCAUUGAUCAUAUUACGGAUGGAUUAGCAUCUACUGCUCCUAAGGAUGAAACUACACCCGAUUUCGAUCAAUUCACUGAAAAAUCAAUGGCUCUCGUAGUAUCGCCUUCUGACAAUUAUUUUGCAUCCUAUUUCGAUCCUUUCACUGAAGAAUCAGUGGCUCUCGUAGAAUCGCCUUCUGACCGUUAUUUUGCACCCUUUGACGAUUAUUUUUCUCCUGAACGACAUCAUAUCCCUAUAUUCGGAAUCUGCAACCAAAAUUUCUUGGAAUUUACGGAUCUUAAUAACAGCGCAUACACAACUUACAUUGAGACACAGACUGAAAAAACCAAUUAG